AUGAAAAUUCUCCUGGCAUGGAUGGUCGAUGUCGCUGACCUACCAAGAGCACACGAGCUUCUUCAAGGAUAUCUCAAUGGCUUCAUUAAGAUGCACCCAGAUCAUAUCAAACCAAACCUUCACUAUGUAACCCACAUAUUCACCCAAAUCAUUGACUACAGUCCCGUGUAUGGUUUCUGGACCUACCUUUUUGAACGACUCAACAAUGUUCUGAAAGGUUACUUGGUAAACGGCCAUGCUGGCGGUGAGCUCGAAGUCACCUUCUUUCGUGAAUUUCACCGUCAAGUCAAGCUUCGUUCGAUGUUGGAGAAUCUUGCUUGCGAGCCCUCAAAAGGUGAUGCUAUGGGGAUCAAAGAUCGUGUGGUCGCUGACACUGCACGUAUCCUUUUGAAAACUGAUGGCAAAGCAUGCGGAACUGUGGCUGACCUAGCGCAGGAGAUAUCCCAAGCCUCUUAUGAA